AUGGGAACAAAUCAGAAGCACACACAUACAGCCCAGCAGGCCAGCCUCCUGCUGAGAGCAGCUCUGCUCUACAUCCUGCUGCUCGGCCCCCAGGGGGGGGCGUCAGACUCAGACGAGGCCGUCCUGACUGAGUGGGAGAUCUGGAAGCUGAGAAACGGGAUCAGCUAUGAUGAACUGGAUGACAUGCAGAGGAGAGUCAUCUGGGAGGAGAACAAACGGAUCAUUGAGGACAAUAAUCAGGGCUUCUUUAUGGGCAGGAGGCCGUUCACCAUGAUCAUGAAUAAAUAUGGAGACCUGACCAGACAGGAGUACCAGGUGCUGCAGGGUGCUGUGAUCGACACUCAGUUUGUGAAGAGAGGGAAGACCGCCUCAGCCCGAAAGCUUCGUAACAAUGCCAAGAUGUUUGACAGCUGGUUUGUGGACUACAGGCAGUUGGGUUAUGUGACCGAGGUGAAGGACCAGGGUUACUGCGGCUCCUGCUGGGCCUUCAGCACUACAGGAGCCAUCGAGGGACAAAUAUACAAGAGGACAGGUCAGCUCAUUUCUCUGAGUGAACAGAACCUGGUGGACUGCUCCAAAUCUUACGGUACCUACGGCUGCAGCGGCGCUUGGAUGGCCAACGCCUACGACUACGUGGUCAACAACGGGCUGCAGUCAACGAGCACGUACCCAUACACCUCCGUGGAUACUCAGCCAUGCUACUACGACAGCAGGCUCGCAGUCGCUCACAUCAAAGACUACAGGUUCAUCCCUAAAGGAGAUGAGCAGGCUCUGGCUGAUGCCGUGGCAACGAUCGGGCCAAUCACAGUGGCUCUUGAUGCAGAUCAUUCAAGCUUCCUGUUUUACAGCUCAGGAAUUUAUGAAGAACCGAACUGUAACCCGAACAAUCUUAGUCAUGCCGUGCUGCUGGUCGGAUAUGGCUCUGAAGGAGGCAAGGACUACUGGAUCAUCAAAAACAGUUGGGGUUCAAGUUGGGGUGAAGGUGGCUUCAUGCGAAUGAUCCGAGACGGCUCCAACUCGUGUGGCAUCGCGAGCUACGCUUUAUUUCCUGUUCUGUGAUUCUGAGCGCUAAUGCUAACUCCUCCGUUGGACUGACAUCAGGUCAACCUGUUUCAGUCCUCGACAUCUCUGAAGCAUUCCUGUCUCACAUAUUUUCUGAACCCCCUGCUCAAUCUUUCUCAUACUGUAAUGUACGUUCAAAGACUCAUAUCAGCCAUUAACA